UUGCCUGGCAACCGGUAAACCCGGCGGCCGCGGAGCCGUUUGAGCGGCUGGACCCGGAGCUUCCCGGUUGGCGGAACCCAGCGGCAGGAGGAGCCCACCCAGGAUAAGGGCUGUGGCCGGAGAGGAGCGUGGAGGGUGGAGGAGAGCGCCCCCGAGGCCCCCGUCACCAUGGAGAUUGUCUACGUGUACGUGAAGAAGCGCAGCGAGUUUGGCAAGCAGUGCAACUUCUCAGACCGCCAGGCCGAGCUGAACAUCGACAUCCCCCCCAACCCGGAGCUGGCCACGCAGUUCGUGGAGCGGAACCCAGUGGACACGGGCGUCCAGUGCUCCGCCAGCAUGUCGGAGCAUGAGGCGAACACGGAGCGGUUUGAGAUGGAGACCCGAGGGGUCAACCAUGUCGAGGGGGGCUGGCCCAAGGAUGUGAACCCCCUGGAGCUGGAGCAGACGAUCCGCUUCCGGAAAAAAGUAGAGAAGGACGAGAACUACAUCAAUGCCAUCAUGCAGCUUGGCUCGAUCAUGGAGCAUUGCAUCAAGCAGAACAACGCCAUUGACAUCUACCAGGAGUACUUUGACGAUGAGGAAGAGGUGGAGGUGACGGAAGAGGCCCCUUCAGCUAAGACCAUUAAUGUCUUCAGGGAUCCGCAGGACAUCAAGCGGGCAGCCACACACGUCUCCUGGCACCCCGAUGGCAACCGGAAGUUGGCAGUGGCCUAUUCUUGCUUGAAUUUUCAGCGGGCACCUGCGGGCAUGAGCCACGAGUCAUACAUCUGGGAACUGGAAAACCCGAAUAGGCCUGAAAUUGUCCUGAAGCCACCUUCUCCGCUGGUCACCUUGGAGUACAACCCCAAGGAUUCCCACGUGCUCCUGGGGGGCUGCUACAACGGGCAGAUAGCCUGGGUCCUCCAGCAGGUGCCCAAGACUGGGAAGAGAGGGACAGAAGAGCUGGUGGGUCCCAGCCUGCCCAGAGCUUCACCCGGGGGUCUGCGAGCACCCACAGCCCCCCGGGCAGCCUGCUGGCCAUGCCACCCGUCCCACAGCCCCCCCCUCACCCCUCCACAGCCAACCAAGUUCAUGGUGGGCACGGAGCAGGGCAUUGUCGUCUCCUGCAACCGCAAGGCCAAGACCUCGGCCGAGAAGAUUGUGUGCACCUUCUCGGGCCACCACGGCCCCAUCUACGCCCUGCAGAGGAACCCCUUCUACCCCAAGAACUUCCUGACCGUAGGGGACUGGACAGCCCGCAUCUGGUCGGAGGACAGCCGGGAGUCGUCCAUCAUGUGGACCAAGUACCACAUGGCUUACCUCACUGACGGCGCCUGGAGCCCCGUGAGGCCGGCAGUGUUCUUCACCACCAAGAUGGACGGAACCCUGGACAUCUGGGACUUUGUGUUCAAGCAGUGUGACCCGGCCCUGAGCCUGAAGGCAGGUGUUCUCCGUCCCUGUGCGGACAGGCCCCAUGAGCGGGGCCCUUCUGGGUGGGAGUGGAAGCCCCGCCUGGCCCACCCUCCCCUCUGGCCUCUGUCCCCUGUGCCUCAGAUGUUUGAGCGCGAGACCCGGCGGGAGAAGAUCCUGGAGGCCAGGCACCGAGAGAUGCGGCUGAAGGAGAAGGGCAGGGCUGAGGGCAAGGACGAUGAGCAGCGGGCCGACGAGCUGGCCGUGGACCUGCAGGACCUGGUGGCCAAGGCCGAGGCGGAGUUCUUCAGCGUCAUCUUCCAGGAGCUGAAGAAGAAGGAGGCAGAGGCCAUGGAGAAGAAGCCCAAGCCCCAGACAAGAGGUUCAGACAUGGAAGACGAGGAGGAGGAGAGAGAGAGAGGCUUCGAGGAGGAGGUGGAUGAAGAGGAGCUGCCAACCUAGGUCAGCCCUCCUGCAGCGCUGUCCCGCGCCCUUCCUUGCCCGCCCUGAGGCGCGGCAUUGCCUUGGUCUUUCAAGGGAGCACCGCUGGCCCCCCAAACCCCUGGCCUGCAUUGGAGCUGAGCCCUGGGCCACGCCUGCGAGGGACGGCGGGGCUCCUGCCUGCACUGGCACCCACCCCAGGGCCCCUCCACCCCAGGGCCCCUCCACCCUUCAGGCCUGGCCCUCGCUGCUUCCCCCGGGUCUGCUUCUCGCAGGUUGCCCCCAGUCAUCCUCCUCUGGCAGCUGCAAGCCCAGCCGUGGCAGGGCCCGGGGCUUCCGCCUUCUCCCUUCCCACCCUCCUCAGUCUCUAGCAAAUUGGGGACAGGACACCCGUCUCUCCCAGCAGCUCGCGGGGCAUGGUUACACCAGCCAGACACACCAGAGGCCCCGAGAGGAGGGAUGCAGGGGACUUGGUUACGGUCCCGUUGUCACCUGCUUUCUGUUUUCUGAAUUCUUGUAAAAUUAAAUUAGUAAUAACAGGGUCAA